CUGGCUCCUGGCUCCUCCUGGGCUCGGCGGCGGUGGGAAGGCGCAGGCGCGGUUGGCGGCCGGCAGAGCGCAGAGUAGUGGCGCGGGGCGCGCGUGAAUCAUCAUCCAAGGACCUACCAGAGACCACAAGAAAACAUGGGGAGAAUUUUCCUCACAGGAGAAAAAGCCAAUUCAGUAUUAAAACGCUACCCAAGAGCUAAUGGACUUUUUGAAGAGAUAAGGCAGGGCAAUAUUGAACGUGAAUGCAAAGAAGAAGUCUGCACAUUUGAAGAAGCAAGAGAAGCUUUUGAAAAUAAUGAAAAAACUAAGGAGUUUUGGAACACUUACACAAAAGCACAACAAGGAGAGAGUAACAGAGGAAGUGACUGGUUUCAGUUUUACCUUACCUUUCCAUUAAUCUUUGGCCUCUUCAUUAUCCUCCUUGUCGUUUUCCUCAUCUGGAGAUGCUUCCUAAGAAACAAAACUCGCAGACAGACGGUGACUGAAGGCCAUAUUCCUUUCCCUCAGCACCUCAAUAUUAUCACUCCGCCUCCCCCACCAGAUGAAGCCUUUGAUAGCAGCGGAUUGUCGCCAGGCUUUCUGGAAUAUGUAGUUGGGCGCUCAGAUUCCGUCUCCACUCGCCUGUCCAACUGUGAUCCCCCACCGACCUACGAGGAAGCCACUGGUCAGGUGAACCUGCGGAGGAGUGAAACAGAACCUCAUUUAGAUCCACCCCCGGAGUAUGAGGACAUCAUCAACUCCAACUCAGCCAGUGCCAUUGCUAUGGUGCCUGUGGUCACCACCAUCAAAUGAAACUGCACACUUCUUUUUAUUAUAAUCAUUUUUAAAAUACUAAUGAAAGAACUUUCUAGCACUUUACCACUACAUAAAUGUGCAUUUGACUUAUUGGAUUCUGACAGCAUACCACUUCACAUCCUCUGAUUUGAUUUUCAUUAGUUUUGUUUCCUACUAUAAAUUCAUUAUCCAUGCUCAUUUUUGCUAAUGGAAAUAUGUUGAGGGAAAAAUACUAGUGGAGGUCUUCAUGUGAGGAGAUGUACAUGUGUGUACGCAUAUAUGUUUAUGUAUAUAUGUACAUGCACAUAUAUGUGUUUGUACAUCAGCCCAGUAUAUGGGCAACUGUCUUAAAAAGUCAUUAACAUCUAUCUAAAUCACCUGUAAAGUUAAAACAUUACUCACCAAAAUCGGGGUAGGGGAGAAGGCACCAACAAGUUGUGUAACAGGUAGCAACAUGCUGUUGAAUUUUGAAAAUAAGAUGAACUUAGCAUGUUUUCUAAUUCUUACAGGCUUUUGUUAACCUUCUUCAACUACCUUAAAAGGAAAAAAAAAAAUGCAUGUAGUCAAUCUUGACUUUAGGAACAUCUCAGAAGGCGACAGAGAAGGAAGGUACAAUAAAUAAUACCUUGCUUAUUAACAGUGGACAGCAAGAAAAUCAUGGGUCCUUAGUGGCACUGGGCUGGUUUUGUAGGAGGGAUUUUUGUUGCUGUUUGUUAUUGACUGCCUCCCCCACAAAAAUUAAACAGUAUUUGCUCAGUA